AACUAUGUGUUAUAUUAUUAACAGGCCUGUAAAGCUGCAGCAAGUAAGAAUGUCAUUGUCUUUUGGUGCGUAUAUAUCAUUUAAAAGCUCUUGACGACCAUCAGUGAAAGAUUAAAGAUUCCAUUAAUUUUCAAUGAGCUCUGAGUUCCCUAAAUGAGCAUUGUCUAAUUGUUGAUGCCUUUUAGAGUAAUGAGAGUAGUCUAAUGAUAGUAAAGCACUAAGCCCCAAAUUGAUUCAGACUCUUAAGGUCUUUGGAAGGUGAUUGCGAGUUGCACCUGGGGAUAUGUUGAGUAUUAUGCAAAUCUCUAAACUAGGCUGUGUUAAGAUUUUAUGGGGCUGGGUGUAAGAUCUACUUAAAAGUGGCCUUUACCCUUGUUAAAACAAGUUAAACAAGUCUGGGUAAAUCAUAGUGAAACACUAUUUUAUCUAAUUACACCAGCCUCUGUCAUUCUGAUGUCAUUUUCACUCAUUUGUCAUCAACAACACUUUAAUCAGUCACCACUGACUAGAUUUGAGACAGACACUAUAAAGCUAGAUGCCACCACAUCCCUGCAGUCACUUGUUGAUAGAGUGCAAGAUGGCAGUCAGCUGGCUGUGCAUGUGCGUCCUCCUCUCUGCUUCCCUCUCCGCUUUCGCCAUGCCCGACGAAGACCUCGACAAUGCCGUGGGACUAAUUGAGUCGGUGGAUGUGUCGGAUGAGGGUGUUCAAAUUGCUGCCUCGUUUGCUUGUCAAAAUAACAACUAUAAUCUGUUGGAGGUGUUGAAGGCUGAAAGACAGGUUGUUGGUGGAUUCUAUUAUUAUCUGUCGGUGAUGGUUGAUGGGAGUAGCCAAUCCGCUGGACAAAUGAAAUGCGACUUUGAAGUGUAUGAUCGUCCCUGGGAGGAGUCAAUAUCAAUUGAAAAAUCUGAAUGCACACCGCAAUGAGACCAGACCUCCCGUCAUCUGUAGUCCCCAGCGUGUUCAUCUGCACCUCCACUUUGUCAUGGUGCACAGGUUCACAUGGAAUUCCUAAUACAUGAAUGCAGCAAUAUUCACGAGACACUCGUGUCAUGAUUGUAUUUCAUAAUUCAAUAAACUUUUUCCCAAGCAAAA